UCUGACUUAUUAUCCGCAGUCAGCUUAGUAGGCGUACCUGUAAAGCGAAAUGCUAACGCUCCAAGCGUGUCAGCGCGUUUAACAUACUUUUAAAACCUCGUGUUGAUUUAAAGCUUGUCUACACCAAGCCUACGCAGACCAUCUCAUUUUUCUACAGCUUGCCUGUAGUCUUUCUAGUUAUAACUAUACCGUGUAGACUUGAUGGUUAUUUAUAAUCUCCUUUGUUGAGUCACGCAACGCUCCCGUAACACGAGACAACGAAUGCACUGCAAGGAAUGGGCCAUCAUGGGAUACUACUGUAUCUUUAUCUCCACCUUCCUCGCAAGUGAAGAAGUGGCGGUGUAACCAUGGCUGUAGAAAACCUUUUGACGUUUGAUAACCGUGUUUUUGCUCUGUUUGCCGUCUGUACGGCUGCUCUAAUACUAAAGAUGUUUUUCGUUGUGUAUCUGCUGGGUAAAUCGCGUGUGAAACAUCAGGUUUUGUCUAGUCCAGAGGACUAUGAAGGCAAGACUGAUGGCAAAGUCAAGUCCCACCCAGAUGUUGACAGAGCCAUCAGAAUCCAGCACAAUGACUUAGAGAAUAUCCCAUCAUUCAUCUUCCUAGCCCUGCUAUAUGUGCUGACUGACCCUCGCGAGGUUUCUGCCCUUAUUGUGUUUGCCGUGUUCACAUUCUCACGCUUCAUGCACACUGGUUUAUACUGGAUGGCGGCUCCACACGGUGUCAGGGGUAUCUUCUUCAUCAUUGGCACUUUGGCUAACUUAUUUCUUAUUGUGCAAAUUUUGUGGACUGGUGUCCAUGCCUUGAUGUAGCAACUAGCAAUGUUAUUCUGCCAGGCCCGUUCCAGGGGGUGGGGAGGGUGAGUCUUUUGAUAAAAAUCUGGCCACCCCUGAAAGAACAAAAAUGGAUUCAUUUAUGCCAUUGCACGUUUCUUAUCGGAUUUGGCUACAAAAAAAUCUUACUAGUAAAGUUUACUACUUACUAGUUUUACUUAUAGAUUUAUGACAUAACAGAGUGAUCUAGAAUGCCUUUUUAUCUAAUUAGCUUAUGCUUUUUAGUUUUGUCUAUUUGUCUUCAAAUAGCAUCUCUAUAGCGAACUGGAAGUGGACUUUCCAUCGUUGUAGGGAGGUGCCAACCCCCCCUUUGGUAUGGGCCUGUCUGCUGUUCUGAAUAAAGAAAAGUAAUAACCAGGCACAUAACUAGAGAUGUGUGCAGAGGGAGCAUGAGAAAAAAAAAAAACCUCACCUUGUCAAACAUUAUACUUACUUUUUUCAUAUUAUAUUAGCAACUGCGCACACCCCUCUCACCUUGUCAAACAGACAGACAGACAGACAGACAGACAGACAUUUUUAUUUGGAUCAUAUACAAUGUCCUUGUAUAUUGAUUGAUGUCCAAAUAAUAUUAAAAAUAAAAAAAGACAAAUAAUUAUACGGUAUUUCAAGUUUGGCAGAGAGCGAAGCAUUCAUUUAUGAACCUAGCGAUUUUUCUUUGCACUUUAUACUUUUCUCAUAUUAUAUUAGCAACUGCGCACACCCCCUCACCUUGUCAAACAUUAUACUUUUUUCAUAUUAUAUUAGCAACUUCACACACCCCCCUCACCUUGUCAAGCAUACUUUUUUCAUAUUAUAUUACAUAGCAACUGCGCACACCCCCUCACCUUGUAAAACAUCAUACUUUUUCAUAUUAUAUUAGCAACUGCGCACACCCCCCUCGCCUUGUCAAACACUAUACUUUUUUCAUAUUAUAUUAGCAACUGCGCACACCCCCUCACCUUGUUAAACAUACUUUUUUCAUAUUAUAUUACAUAGCAACUUCACACACCCCCCUCACCUUGUCAAGCAUACUUUUUUCAUAUUAUAUUACAUAGCAACUGCGCACACCCCCUCACCUUGUCAAACAUUAUACUUUUUCAUAUUAUAUUACAUAGCAACUGCGCACACCCCCUCACCUUGUCAAACAUUAUACUUUUUCAUAUUAUAUUAGCAACUGCGCACACCCCCCUCACCUUGUCAAACAUUAUACUUUUUUCAUAUUAUAUUAGCAACUGCGCACACCCCCAUCACCUUGUCAAACAUACUUUUUCAUAUUAUAUUAGCAACUGUGCACACACCCCUCACCUUGUCAAACAUCAUACUUUUUUCAUAUUAUAUUAGCAACUGUGCACACUCCUCACCUUGUCAAACAUUAUACUUUUUCAUAUUAUAUUAGCAACUGCGCACACUCCUCACCUUGUCAAACAUUAUACUUUUUCAUAUUAUAUUAGCAACUGCGCACACCCCCCUCACCUUGUCAAACAUUAUACUUUUUCAUAUUAUAUUAGCAACUGCGCACACACCCCUCACCUUGUCAAACAUUAUACUUUUUUCAUAUUAUAUUAGCAACUGCGCACACCCCCCUCACCUUGUCAAACAUUAUACUUUUUUCAUAUUAUAUUAGCAACUGCACACACCCCCCUUGGAAAAUCCUGGCUGCAGGCCAGAUUUUAAAUUAGGCUUCUAACAUUUUAAGCUGUAUACAAAGGAGGCUAAAUUGUUUUAAAAUAGUUUUAGUUCUAAAUAUUGUUUUGGGUUUAUUUAACAAAUAGAUCUUAUUUUUGCAUGCCUCUGUCCUCAAAUAGAUGCACAGAUGACGUCACAGUGUGUGAUGAACAAAAAAGUAUUCAACAAGCACAGUUGAGUUGCUUGACUGUUGCUAAUGACACGCUAUGGCAUCUUCGGUGCAUCUGUUAGAGGACAAACCCACAAAAAAUUAAGAUCUAUUUUUUUCAUACCACAAUUUACGAGUGUCCUAUAAUAUUUGAUAUCACUAAUAUUAAUUUGUUAUCAUGCAUGGUUUGCAGAUGGCUAGAUAAAAGGACAAUGAAGUAUUUGUAUAUUUUAUUUUUUUAUAUCCUAAUGCAUGUACCUGGAUUGUUGUUUGAAUAAAAUAAUGUUGAUUCUCAA